CCAACCCCCACCCCCCGUUUACGAAAUCCGUCAUGACCGUCUCGUCGUGCUCGUCCCACCCCCACCCUCGCUUCAUUGACAAUGGUUACGUCCAGCUCGUGUCUGUGAUCGGCAACGGUGCUUACGGCGUCGUCUUCUACGCCCUCGACUACCGCUAUGGCAGGCCCAUCAAGCGUGCUGUCAAGCAGCUCCGCCGUCACGGCAUCGACGACAGGCAACGCCGCUUCCAGCUCCGCGAAAUUGCUCUCCACCGCCGCGCCUCAAGGCAUCCCUCCAUCAUCAACAUGGACCGCCUUAUCGAGGAGCCCGAGGCUGUCUACGUCGUCAUGGACUAUGGAGACGAGGGUGACCUCUUCGCCAUGAUCACCGAAAAGCAGCGGUACGCCGGAGACAACGACCUCAUCCGCUCCGUGUUCCUGCAGAUCCUCGACGGCGUCGACUGGCUCCACCAGCUCGGCAUCGCUCACCGCGACGUCAAGCCCGAGAACAUUGUCUGCUCGGCCGACGGCACGCGCGUCCGCAUCGUCGACUUUGGCCUUGCCACGUCCGAACCCACGUCGACGGAAUUCGGAUGCGGCUCGACAUUCUACAUUGCACCGGAAUGCCUCGGCGAGUGGCACUCGUCGGCCGGCUCGUAUCCCACCCGCACCGCCGAUGUCUGGUCGCUCGGUGUCAUUCUCGUCAACCUCGUCUGUGGUCGCAACCCAUGGCGCUGCGCGUCGCCCACCGACGAGUCCUUUGCCGCCUUCCUCCAGGACACGGCCUUCCUCCGCCGCAUCCUCCCCAUCUCGACCGGAUGUCUCGACAUCCUCACCCAAAUCUUCACCCUCGAGCCUGAGCACCGCAUCAGCCUCGACCGCCUCCGUCACCUCAUCUACGAGCUCGACUCGUUCACUGACGACGCUGCCACCCGCGCCGCCGCCGUCAAGCCUCCCCCCGUCCCUCCCCCCGUUUACGUCCCCGCUGCCAUUCCCACCGACGCGAACUACUACGACUCGCCCGUGUCCGACGACGCCGAGCCCGUGUUCUCGUUCGACGACCCCGAGCUCGACACUGAGCUCCCCCCCGCGCUCCGCGCCGACUCUGGUUCGCUCUCGCCCAACCCAUUGCGGUCAUCGGGCUCGACCUCGUCCAACGAGGAGCGCUUCCCUGCGACCCCGCGCCUGGGCUACUCUGGUGACCACUCGCACCUCGUCGCCCCUACCCCGCGCGUCGCCUCGGUCUCGUCCCUCACUGCUCCCAUGUUUGAGGCUCUCGGCCAGCGCAAGUCGCCACGAUUUUCCCCCGCCCCCUUUGCCACGCCUGCAAUGUUCCUCUAACGUCUGAGACGUCCCAACACCAUCAACAGCUUUUUGCUUUUUACUAUUUCGGUCUUUCAGUUUAAACACCCCAGCAUCAACCAUCUAUCUACAUCGGCACUUGAAACACUCUAUUUCCUCUUUUUCUUUAUGCGUUAGUUGUAGGAUUACCACCGCGUCAAUGUCAUCACGCGCGGCGGUUGUAGCUAGAUACAUUGAAUAGUAUGCAUGUACCAUGGUAGAGUCAACACA